AUGAAGAUUACUCCUCCAUCAAUCACUCUAUUCUUGAGCCUUUUGGUGCCAGCAAUAGCUCUCUCAGGAUUCGAUUGCAAAGGAACAUUUAUUCCUAUGAACCUUAUCAUAGAAGCCAUAAAUGCUGAUAUUCGUAAAAAUAACGGUCGUGGCAAAUUUCUGGAAAAUGCUAAUCUGAUUCUCGAGACUAGGGACGCGAGAAUCCAUUAUGAGCAUGAUAACGAUCCAUACUGGAGAUCCUGGGUUGAAUAUGGUAGCGAGGGGCAAGUCUUAUUAGUAUACUCUUCGUAUGGGGAAUGCACGGGGCAAUGA